AUGGUGAUUGCUUUGAAUGAAACCCAACAUGGACGGCCAAUCGGUGUCAAAGUUCGAGAGAUCCGGGAGACGCUCAUCAAGAAGAAAGCAGACGCGAUCAUCUUCUCGGCACUCGAUGAUAUCAUGUGGUUGAUGAACAUUCGAGGAUUUGACAUCCCCUACAAUCCUUUGGCUUUCUCCAUCGCCUUUGUGACCAAUUCAGAGUUGCAUCUCUUCAUCGAUCCGACCAAAAUUGACAAACAAGUCGCUGAUCAUCUCAACCUGGGUCUUGUAACGGUUCAUUCGUAUGAUUCGGCUAAUCAAUUCCUGCAAGCUUGGCACGAGAAGAACAAGUCGCUUCAAGGGUACAAAGUCUUCGUACCAAACUCAACAAACUACUCUCUUGCAUCGAUCUUUGGAAAAGAAAAUCUGCUCGUCGCGAUGUCGCCAAUUCAAAUGAUGAAGGCGGUGAAGAACUCGGUAGAAAUGGCCGGAAUGCGAGCUUCGCACAUUCGGGACUCGGCUGCCCUCAUCGAAUUUCUUCAUUGGCUUGAAGUUGAAGUCGAGGCUGGACACGAUGUUGAUGAAAUUAGCGCUGCUGAAAAGGUCCGUCACUUCCGCGCUCAGCAACCCGGUUUUGUCGAUUUGAGCUUUUCGACGAUUUCGGCUUCUGGUGAACACGCCGCUUUGCCCCACUACAAAUACGAUGCGGAGACUGGAAAGGCGAAAAUUGUCAAAGGUGGGGUUUACCUCGUGGAUUCGGGCGGCCAAUAUCAUGAUGGAACGACCGAUGUGACGAGAACUGUUGUGAUUGGACAGGGUGACGAUCAGUUUUCUUUCCACAACACUUUGGUUCUGCGCGGACACAUUGAGAAUGCGAUGGCGAAGUUUCCAAAAGGAAUCCAAGGAGUGCGAUUGGAUACCUUGUCGAGACAAGCUCUUUGGGAGCAAGGUUUGGACUUCGGACAUGGAACUGGUCACGGCGUUGGGCAUUUUCUCAGUGUACAUGAGGGGCCAUGCGGAAUCAGCUACAGAGUCUCAGCCGGCGAUGAGGGACUCCAAGCUGGUAUGGUGUUGACGAUCGAACCCGGUUACUAUCUGCCGGGAAAGUACGGCAUCCGAAUCGAAAAUUGCUACGAGUUGGUCGAAGACGCGGAACAUUCAGCGUUUCUUCGUUUCAAAGAGUUGACGUUAGUUCCAAUUCAGUUAACGCUCAUCAAGAAGAAUUUGCUCGAGAAGAAACAUGUCGCUUGGCUGAACGAAUAUCACGCGACGGUGCUGAGAGUUGUCGGCAAGUAUCUGCUCAAGACCGGGAAGGAAGCCGUGUAUUUAUGGUUGGAGAAACAGUGCGUUCAGCUUGAUGAGCAGAGCUACGACUUGUGGUUAACGUGUGUA